AAAAGAAAGAUAGUGAGGGAGAGAGAAGAGAUGAAGGGCACUUUACUACUUUUUUAUGUUGCACGCAUCCAUGGCAGACCUCUGAAGGCAAAAAUAGAUUUCUUCAAGAAGAGAAGAAACAAGAAAAAUUUCACUCACACCAAAAAAAAAAAAAAAACAGAGAAAAACAUCAUCUUUCAUCACUCUCAUCUACCCCAAGUGCCCCAAUUGAUUCAGAAGAAGAAGAAGAAGAAAAGAGCUUAGCUUAGAGCUUCUUAGCUGAACAAAGGGUGUCUGUAAAUCUGUGUUUUUUUUGCAUAUAUACAUACAUAGAUAUAUAAAGGGCGCAAUCUUUGCCUCUUUGGUGUAUAUUUGUACAGAAAGGAGUUGCUCACUUGCUCCAUUGUUCAUGCAGUUGAAGAACUGGGUUUGAGGAGGUUUAUUUGGGUGAUUUAAAAAAAAAAUCCAAAUUUGUGGGAUUUGUGAGGUGGGGGGAGGGGUGUUGUGAAGCUGGGGAAGAAGGGGAGAGUGGGUUUAGAUGAAGGGGAUGCCCUUUCCCUUUGAAUUUGAGAGGAAGGGGGUGAUAGAAUUGGGUAAUAGGAAUCAUAGAAAUUGUGUUUCUGGGAAUCAUUGUUGGGAUAUUAAGGAUUGUGUUGUGGGGAGUCCAGGUGGGAGUAAUAGUGAGCCGACGUCUGUUCUGGAUAGGCCUCUUGCGUCAUCUUCAACGCUGUCUUCUUCUUGCGGCGGCGGCGGCGGUGGGGAGACGGACGCGGCCAGGGUGGCGGCGGUUUCUGGUAAUCCGGCGUCGAAAUGGCAGCAAGACAACACCACUGCCACGAGUUCUAAUGCAGGGGGAGGUGAAUCCGAGCUUCUCCAGCCUGUUCCGCCGUCUCUUGAUUUCGGCGGCGGCGGCGCAGCCGCCGGAGCCGCCGUGGGCGGCGGCGAGACGGCGGAGAAAUGUGGGAUGGAGGAGUGGGAUAGUGUGUUGUCGGAGUCUCCGGGCCAGGAGCCGUUGCUCCGGUGGAUUAUGGGCGAUGUGGAUGACCCUUCCAUGGCUAAUUUGAACAAGGUUUUGCAGGUUGGCGGCGGCGGCGCCGCCGCCGAGUACGAUUUUAACGGCGGGUUUGGGGUGGUGGAUCACGGGUUUGGACCCGUCGACCCGGUUUCUUCAUCCGGGGAGAGUUUCCUCCCUUCAAUCCCCAUCUCCGGGUCAAAUUUCCCGGCGAAUAGGCUCCCCAACCCGCCGGCUUCCCUCCCCGGCUUCAAAUUCUCGGCGCCGCCGCCGCUGUUCCCGCCCGUCUCCAACAACCUCGGCGCCGCCGCAUUCAACCCGGCGCUUCUAGAACCCUCAGAUCUGAAGCCCCAGAUUUUCAAUCCCGGGAAUCCCCACUUCUUGAUUAACCAGCCCCCCCAAAACCCAUCAUUCCUCAUGCCAUUGCCGUUCUCCCGGCCGGAGCUAGCUCCGCCGCAGGCCAAGCGGCAUAAUCCCGGCGGGAAUCUUGAAUCUCCGGGACCCCAGAUCCCCCGGGGGCUAUUCUCCGAUCAACAAACCCCAUCUCCCCAUCAUGUGCUCCCCCACCAGCUCCAAUUACUCCCAAACUAUCCCCAAAGGCCCAAACCCCCGGAAAUGGCCGGGGAAGAAAUGGGGCAUUUUCAUCAAAACCAGCAAACAAUGAUCGACCAGCUUUUCAAGACGGCCGAGCUGGUUCAAUCCGGGAACCCUAUACUCGCGCAAGGGAUAUUGGCGCGGCUCAAUCACCACCUCUCCCCAAUUGGGAAGCCCUUCCAAAGAGCAGCUUUCUAUUGCAAGGAAUCAUUGCAAUUGCUCCUCCAACAUGCCACCAAUAACAACAUGAACCCCCCUCCUUCGUCGUCCUCGGUGCCAUUUAGCCUAAUUUUCAAGAUUGGUGCUUACAAGUCCUUCUCCGAGAUCUCGCCCGUCUCGCCCUUUGCCAAUUUCACCUGCAACCAAGCCCUGCUCGAGGCCUUGGAGGGGUUCGAUAGGAUUCGCAUUGUGGAUUUCGAUAUUGGGUAUGGAGGCCAAUGGGCUUCUCUAAUGCAAGAGCUUGCCUUGAGGAGUGGAGGCUCCCCUAGCCUCAAGAUCACCGUGUUAGCCUCGCCCGCAAUGCACGAUCAGCUCGAGCUCGGGCUGACACGCGAGAAUUUGAUCCAUUUCGCUAGUGAGAUCAAUAUGGCAUUCGAGUUUGAGGUUUUGAGCAUUGAUUCUUUGAAUUCCACGUCGUGGUCACUGCCACUUCAUGUAUCGGAUAAUGAAGCGAUUGCUGUUAAUCUUCCGGUUGGUUGCUUCACCACCUACCAACUAUCGCACCCUUUGGUGCUUCGCUUCGUUAAGCAGUUGAUGCCUAAGAUUGUGGUUUCUGUAGACAGAGUCUGUGAUCGGACUGACCUCUUAUUUCCCAACCAUGUAAUCCACGCUCUUCAGUAUUACGCCAACCUUCUCGAGUCUCUUGAUGCUGUGAAUGUGAACUUCGAUGCCCUUCAGAAGAUCGAGAGGUUCUUGCUCCAUCCCGGGAUUGAGAAAAUCAUAAUGGGUCGUUAUCGUUCCCCCGAGAAAACACAGCACUGGAGGACUCUGUUUCUAUCGUCUGGAUUCUCCCCGUUGACUUUCAGCAAUUUCACGGAGUCUCAAGCCGAGUGCGUGGUGAAAAGGACUCCAGUCCGAGGGUUUCAUGUCGAGAAGAGACAAUCUUCUCUUGUUCUUUGCUGGCAGCGGAAGGAGCUUAUCUCGGUUUCAGCUUGGAGGUGCUGAUCAAAGAGCAGACCGUUUGAUAUUUAUUAAUUUGCACUGCCCCCCGUUCCUGAUUAUGAAGGUGCUGCAUAAGUCGUAAUUCACUGUUUUAGUAUCUGAACAUUUUCGAUUUUCUUGCCUAUAGAUUUUAUUUGCUAAUUGUCUUUGUGGCCUAGGCAGAUUGUUUCAAAGUAAGGCAAAUAUCAAGACAUUUUGGUAACUCGUUCUAGUAUAGGGUUUAUCUAUUAUGUUGAAUGCGGUAUUACUUCCAUGAUGCUCAAUGAUUUUCAGGAAGAAGGCAUCAGUUACGUUGGUUCUAAUUGUGUUGGGAAAUCUGUUGUAACAGUACAAAACCAGAAAUGAAAACGAACAAUUUAACACUU